AUGUAUAUCCUCGGCAUCCUUCACAAUGGUGAACUCGCUGGUUACUUUGGAAGUGCAAGGGAGCUGAGACAAGGAUGCUCUCUAUCUCCUUACUUAUUUGUGAUAUGCAUGAAUGUUCUCUCCAAGAAAAUAGACAAAGCUGCAUCAGAAAGGAAAAUCAGUUAUUACCCGGGAUGCAAGGAUAUGGAGCUCACACAUUUAUGUUUUGCAGAUGAUCUGCUGGUGUUUGUUAAAGGGGAUAAACAGUCCAUAGUAGGUACUUUGGAGGUGUUUAAUUCCUUUGCUACCCAAUCAGGCCUUCACAUAAGUAUUGAGAAGUCAACGGUAUAUAUGGCAGGAAUUGAGGACGAUUUGAGAGCAGAAAUCCUGAGGGAGUUUCCUUUUGAGAUAGGUAACUUGCCAGUGAGGUAUCUUGGCUUGCCUUUACUCACUCGCAAGAUGAGCAAAAUAGACUACACACCUCUGGUUGAAAAAAUCAGAUCGCAGAUACAGUCUUGGUCUGCGAAGCAUCUCUCUUUUGGGGGUCGUCUUCAGCUCCUCCGAUCAGUGGAAUUGAAUGGAAAAAAAGCAAAGGUAUCCUGGUCCAUUGUCUGUUCCCCGAAGCAAGAAGGUGGUCUGGGAAUAAAACCUCUUGAGAUGGUAAACAAGAAUGGUCGGAGGGUGUCGUUUUGGCAUGACAACUGGUCACAACUAGGCUGUUUGUUCGAUAAGCUUGGUCAGCGAGGCAUUAUUGAUCUCGGAAUUCAAGGCAAUUCCACUCUUGGGACAGUCUUGGAUAGAGAUCGACGCAGAAACCAUAGAAACCAGCUCUUGUCGCAGAUAGAGGAAGAAAUCAGAAGAGUUCGAAGGGAGAGAGUAGUAGACAUGGAUGACAUACCUCUUUGGAAAGGGAAAAGUAACACUUAUAAAACAAAGUUUAAUGCCAAAGAAACAGGGGAUCAGAUACGACAAUCAAAUUCAACCUGGGAUCCUUACCCAGGUAUUUGGUUCUCGGGAGCGACUCCCAAAUAUUCGUUUAUGGCAUGGCUUGCGGUCAAUAACAGGCUUACGACUGGAAGUCUUAUGCAAAGGUGGAAGGGGGAUAUUGAUACCAGUUGCUCAUUCUGUGAUGAAACUGUUGAAAGUAGAGAACAUCUCUUUUUUGCUUGUCCUUACACAAAAGAAAUUUGGGAAGCACUGGUGGGAAACCUCAUGGGAGCAAAUUUCACAUCGAACUGGUUGGAGUUGAUCACCUGCAUCACACAACCUCCGUAUAAUGCUGUUGUCUCCUUCAUCCUGAGGUACAUCUUUCAAGCCACGGUUCAUACCAUUUGGUGCGAAAGAAACAGACGCAGGCAUGGAGAAAACAGAACACCGAAGGAACUCAUUCUGAAGAGACUGGACAUCACAAUGAGGAACAGACUAAGCACGCUGAAAAGAAAUGGUGUAAGGCGCUUUGAAGAUGGCCUCUGCAUCUGGUUUGCUACAAGGAGGAACUCCUAA